AUGAACUCGUUAUCAAAUAGACAAAAUUCUAUUCAAUUACUUGACUUACCAGAUGAAUUGAUCUUAGCUAUUAUAAAUAAAAUAAACCCUCAAGUGCUAUUACUUGCUUCUAUUAUUGGUAUUGGAAAUAAUCGAUUGGAACGACUUGCACUUGAUAAAUGUUAUUCGAUUGAUUUAUCAUUCUAUUAUUCUGGUUUCCCUUAUGAGGAACAUAUGAUACGUUUCUUAUUAGAUGUCAUGCCUCGAAUUUUGAAUAAUAUUCAAUCAAUAACAAUCAAUCUUAGACAUUUAUCAUAUCUUGAUCACAUUAGUAGAGAAAUUCAUCAUGAAAAUCUUUCAAAAUUAUCACAUUUGAAAAUAAUGACGGGUCAUCUUUAUAAGAAUACAGGAACACCUUAUACAACCAUUCUAUCUAUUGAUCUUUGGAUAUGUUUAGGUUAUUAUUAUGAUAAUCAGUUAAGACAUUAUCCAUUAUUCUCAAUUGUUCCACAAUUUUUCUAUCCUUCUGAUUCAAUUACUAAUGUACUUUUAUCAUUUUUUCAUAAUUCAUUAAUUAUGCAUUCGAUUGUCAAUUUUGAAUAUGACGAUGAUUGUGCCUUAUUAGUACCAUCUAUUGAUAAAGGAUCACUCUUUCCUCGAUCACCUCAUCUGACACAUGUUCGAGUAACACUACGGAAAUUUGAUGAUUGUCUCCGUUUACUCAAUCAAUUAGGCUCACAACUGUGUUCAUUCGCUGUGAGUAUUAUACAUGUUAUUAAAAAAGAUGAAGAUAUUUUAUCUCAAAUAAAAUCGAUAUCCUGUUUUAAAUUAAAACAUUUGACAAUGACUAUUUAUCGGAAUAUUUUUCAUUAUGAGCGGUGUAUUAUUCCUCUUCUACAACAUUUAACAAAUAUUGAACAUUUAAUAUUAUUAUUAGCCAUUGGUGUAACAGAUAUUGGACCAGAUCAUUUUAUUGAUGGAUCCCAUUUACAAAGAGACAUUAUUUCAUAUAUGCCUCAUUUACGUCAGUUGGAUUUUCACAUUCGUUCAAUAGUUCGACAUGCUCCUUAUAUAGAAUUAGAUACAAUUCGUCAGACUUUUGUCAAACAAGAACAAUCUAUUGACUGUGCACUUGAUUACUUCAAUAAUGAAUAUGGUCAAUGUCAAAUAUAUUCACUUCCAUUUAUUGGUACUCGUCUUGAUUUUAUUUCGAAUCGAUUUCCACUUUUCGAUGAUAAAAAUAGUUUUUCAAAUAUCACUAUCUUAUUACUUUUCGAUGAUAUUAAAUCUUUUGAAAAUAUUUUCUUUGAACGUCUUUCUCGAGCUUUACCUCAUCUGAAAACACUCGAAGUAUUUAAUCAAAUAGAACAAGAGGAAAAAAGCAAGACAACAAAUAUGAUUAUUGAAUUCCAUCAUUUGUCCGUACUUAUUUUACAUGAUAUACAUGUUGAUUAUGCUGAACAACUUCUUUGUCGAAGCUACCUUCCAUGUCUAAUCGAACUCGUCAUUCGUAAUAAUGCAUUAUCAACAAUAAUCGAACAAAAUAAUCAACAAGCUAGAAAUAAUUGUUCAAAAGUGGAAACACUUCAAAUUGUUGAACCAUGGAUCGAGCUAACAAGUGUUCAUUUGAAAUUUUUUCCACAUUUACAUAGAGAAAUUCAUGAUGAAAGUUGA